AUCAUGACUGGUCGUGGUAAGGGAGGAAAAGGAUUGGGAAAAGGAGGAGCCAAGCGUCAUCGUAAAGUUCUGCGUGAUAACAUCCAGGGUAUCACCAAACCAGCAAUCCGUCGUCUGGCUCGUCGUGGUGGAGUCAAACGUAUCUCUGGUCUCAUUUACGAAGAAACUCGUGGAGUACUGAAGGUAUUCCUUGAGAACGUUAUUCGUGAUGCUGUCACUUAUACUGAACACGCCAAACGUAAGACUGUCACCGCUAUGGAUGUUGUCUACGCAUUGAAACGUCAAGGCCGUACUCUCUACGGUUUUGGUGGUUAA